AUGAAUAAACAUUUAUUGGUGUUAGUUCAACUUCAACAUGACUUGACACCAUCAUUAUUGUCGUCUCAUCAUCGAUAUAAAUACUUCCUUGGAAAUAGUAGAUUAUUAUCAUUGCCAAAAAUCAACAAUAGCAACAACAUUAACAUUAGCAUCAAUAAUAACAUCAAUUCAAACAACAACUAUAACAUUAGCAUCAUUAAUAACUAUUUUUAUAGAAAGAAUUGUUAUUGUAGCACAAAGAAAAGUUUUGGUAACAAUGAAAAUACCAAUAACAACUCCAAUAAUAACGAUAAUGGAAUAACAACAACAACAACAACAAGUAGUAUCUCAGCUGCUGCCGACAAUUCGUCAUUAUUUACUAAAUUCAUUAAUAAUAAUAAUAAUAAUAGUAAUAACUUUAAUGCUAAGCAAUUAUUAGAUAGUUCAAGAAAGUUUCUAAAGUCGUCGACCAACAAUGAUAUCAAAGAGAGUGCAAUACUAGAUUCUCGAAUACUCAUUGAACAUGUACUACAACUCAAACCAAACGCUCGUAUUCCACCGACAUUAAACCUAACAGAUUCACAAUACCAACAAUUCUCAGAAUUAAUAAGUAGAAGAUUCAAAGAUGAACCUAUUGCAUAUAUAGUUGGUUAUAGAUACUUUUGGAAACAUCAAUUUAGAUGUGAUCGAUCCACUUUGAUACCUAGACCCGAUAGUGAAACACUGAUCGAUCAAAUCGUGAUGCUCAGAGAAUAUGAGAACUUCUCACCCACCAACAUAUUGGAUUUGGGUACUGGCACCGGUUGUCUACUAUUAUCGUUACUCAAUGAAUUCCCCAAUGCAACUGGUGUAGGUGUAGAUCAAUCAUUGGAUGCACUUGAAAUUGCAAAAUAUAAUAGUAUAUCAAUUGAUAAACAGAAUAGUAGUGAUAACAAUAGUAGUAAUAAUAUAAUUAAUAAUAGAGUCGAAUUUAUACAAUCAAAUUGGUUAUCUUCAUUAUCUAAUAACAAGAAAUAUCAACUUAUCAUUUCAAAUCCACCAUAUAUUUCACAUAGUGAUUAUAUAAAUUUAAAUCCAACUGUUAAAUUAUUCGAACCAAAGACAGCAUUGGUUGCAGAUAACAAUGGAUUAAAAGAUUAUGAGAUCAUUGCCAAGUCAAUCGUAGAUAAAGAUAUAUUGGAUAGAGACAAUGGUCUUGUUGUUUUUGAAAUAGGUAUGAACCAAGAGAAUGAUAUCAUAAAGAUAAUGGAAUCCAAUGGUUUCGAAUUGAAGUGUCAAGGAAAAGAUUUAGGUAGAAUUAUAAGAUGUUUAGUAUUUAAAUAUAAAAUAAAAUAA